CAUUCAGUUGUCAAUCCAUCGCCAUGGCUGAUCCACGCACCACUCUGUUUUUGGGCCUGGGCCUGCUAAUCCUCGGCCUGCUCCUCCCCGCGGAGGCAUCGCCCCAAGGUCGCAUUCUGGGCGGCGAGGAUGCCGUCCAGGGCGAGCACCCCUGGUCCGUCUCCGUGCGCCACAACAAGGCCCACGUCGGCUCCGGUGCCAUCAUCUCCCAGAACUUCAUCCUGACCGCCGCCCACUUGGUGUCCAACGUGGGCACCACUCCAGUGGAUCCCAGCACCUUGGGCGUUCGCGUGGGCUCCAUCAACCAGUACGCCGGCGGGAGCAUCGUGAAUGUGAAGAGCGUCCUCAUCCAGCCCUCGUACGGCAACUUCCUGCACGACCUGGCCCUCCUGGAGCUGGAUCAGCCCCUGGUCUUCAGUGAUCGCAUUGCCGCCGUCACCCUGCCCACCGCCGCCGUGGAGGAGACGGAGGACCAGGACGGGGACCUGCCCAACGGCACGCCCGUCUAUGUGGCCGGCUGGGGCGAGUUGUCCGACGGAAGCGCAUCCUACAAGCUGCAGAAGGCCAACUACAACACGCUGAGUCGGGCGCUGUGCGAGUGGGAGGCCGGAUACGGAUACGCCAGCACCGUGUGCCUGUCCAGGGCCGAGAAGGAGGGCAUCUGCCGCGGGGAUGCCGGUGCACCGGUGGUCGAUGACCAGCAGGUGCUCCGCGCCGUGACCAGCUUCAACUUCGGGCCCUGCGGCAGCAAGUACCCCGACGUGGCCACCCGCGUCUCCUACUACCUGGCCUGGAUCGAGGCCAACACCCAGGAGUAGUCUGCAGCCUCGAGCCCCGAGGAUUACCCCUUUAUUUUUUUAUACAUUUUUUUACUGUGCAUAAAGUGUGUUCCCCCCCGAAAAAGAAAAAAGGAAAUUGUUUUCUUCACG